CCAUGUUCUCUCCUACGUCGGUUAAUGGGAUGAACCCAAAGUCUGCGUCUUUUUCAUAGUCUCUAAUAACAAAUAUAGCGCGAUGGCCUUUCUUCUGUCAACAACACGUACUGCACGGAAAACAAAGACAGCAAAACAAAGAUGCAACAAAAGUUACAAUGAAAUUAUGAAUUUAAAAAGCUUCUUGCCAAGUCUGUUUAUUUAAAUGUAUUUUAAGUGGAAAUAAAGCAAUGCGAACUAGAGUACUCUGUCCAAAACCCGCUGUUCAGUUGCGCGCUGCCGGUGUGAAAGCAGAAUAGGCGCGCGCUAUUUUUUAUUUUUCUGCUAAAGAUAAUUUCGUAACUAGACCCUACUGUAUCUUCUUAUUCUUUUUGUAUAUGUCAACCCAACAACAGCCACAAAUUCAUAUGACGCAAAAUGCUUUUUUUUCUUGCCGUGAAAGUGAAAGCGAAACUGAAUCUCCAUGAUUCCUCAAGGAAUGUGACGAACAUAACUCCGAGAGAGGCAAACCGAGUGGGAAGAGCAGUCUAGAUGAUGCCAUGGACUUCAGAAAGAGGAGAUCCGUGUCUCCUGCUCCAGAGUCCAGCUGUGUGUCUAUGAGGAGCGAUGCUUCAAUGGAUCCUCCAACUAAUUUCAGUUCAGGAGACUCUUCUGCUAAACAGAGGAAAAUUUCAAACACAAGGUCCGUGUCUCCUGCUCCAGAGUCCAGCUGUGUGUCUAUGAGGAGUGAUGCGUCAAUGGAUCCUCCAACUAAUUUCAGUUCAGGAGACUCUUCUGCUAAACGGAGGAAAAUUUCAAACACAAGGUCCGUGUCUCCUGCUCCAGAGUCCAGCUGUGUGUCUAUGAGGAGUGAUGCGUCAAUGGAUCCUCCAACUAAUUUCAGUUCAGGAGACUCUUCUGCUAAACGGAGGAAUGGACAAUAUCAUGCAUUUCACUGCUACAGUAAUGAACAGGAAGGAUCAAAGUGUUUGAAUGACGAGAUCCUGCCAGAUGCCGUCUUCAGGGAGCUCGAGGACACAAGCAUCUCUUUGAUGAAGAAAGAGCUGAGAAGAUUUGAGAAACUGCUGAAGCCAGAUUGCUCAGCAAGCUCUGUGAGAGAGGAGGAGGAGGAGGAGGAUGAAGGGCAGAGCCGAGUGAGUGAGGCAGUUCUUAGGAUUAUGCUUCAUGUCCUGCGGAAGAUGAACCAGCCAGACCUCGCUAACACACUACAGACCAAGUUGAUCUCAGUGAGCCAACAACAACUGAAAUCAAGACUGAAGCAGAAAUUUCAGAAAAUCAGUGAAGGAGUCUCAAAUCAAGGGAAUGCAACACUUCUGAACGAGAUCUACACAGAGCUUUACAUCACAGAAGGAGGGACUGGCAACACAAACAACGAGCAUGAGGUGAGAUGCAUUGAGACCUCAUUGUCCAGAGGUCUAGAGACUCAGGAACCUCCAAUCAUAUGUAAUGAAAUCUUCAGAUCCUUACCUGGACAAGACAAACCCAUCAGAAUGGUGUUGACCAAAGGAGUUGCCGGAAUAGGAAAAACCGCUUCAGUGCACAAGUUUAUUCUGGACUGGGCUGAAGGAAAAGCUAAUCAGGACGUUCACUUCAUCUUUCCGCUUCCUUUCAGAGACCUGAAUUUGAUGAAGGAGAAACAGAUGAGUCUGGUGGAGCUUCUUUGCUGUUUUUUCACAGAACUGAAACCUAUAGAAUAUAAUGACUAUAAAACUAUCUUUAUUUUUGAUGGUCUGGAUGAGUGGCGUCUUCCUUUGGAUUUCCAGAACAGUGAGAUUUUGUGGGAUGUGACCAAAUCGGCCUCAGUAGAUGUGCUGCUCACCAACCUCAUUAAGGGGAACCUCCUUCCGUCUGCUCUCAUCUGGAUCACUGCCCGACCAGCAGCAACAAAUCAGAUUCCUGCAGAGUUUGUCGACCGGGUCACAGAGGUACAAGGGUUCAGAAACCUUCAGAGGGCUGAAUAUUUUCUGAGAAAAAUAAAAGAUCACAAUCUGGCCAAUAGGAUCGUCACACACAUCCAAUCAACGAGGAGCCUUCAUGUUAUGUGCCGCAUCCCAGUGUUCUGCUGGAUCUCUGCCACUGUUCUUGAGAAAAUGUUGGGUGAAGCAAAGACUACAGAGAUUCCCAAGACUCUUACUCAAAUGUUUGCACACCUCCUGAUCGUUCAUACAAAACUGAAGACCCAGAAGUAUGAUGGGAAAUGUGAAGUAGAUCUUAAGCAGGCCAGAAAGAGCAUCUUGUCACUUGGGAAACUGGCUUUUCAACAACUGGAAAGAGGCAACCUGGUCUUCUACGAGGAGGACUUGAAACAGUGCGACAUUGAUGUCCGAGAAGCAUCCAUGUACUCUGGAGUUUGUACCCAGAUCUUUAAAGAAGAGUUUGGUCUAAAGCUAGAUAAGGUGUAUAGCUUUGUGCAUCUCAGUGUUCAAGAGUUUUUUGCUGCCUUGUUUAAGUUCCUUUGCUUUGCUCGGAAGAACAAGAAGUCCUCAAUGACAGGUUUUUUAAAGCAUGAAGUGGACCGGUCCUUGCAGAGUGAGAAUGGACACCUGGAUCUCUUCCUUCGUUUUCUGCUAGGGCUUUCGCUUAAGUCCAAUCAGACUCUACUACGGGGAUUAUUCACAAUGGCGAGAAGCUCCCAGGAUCCAUGUGAAAUUAUUGAGUACAUUAAGAGUAAAAUUAGAGAGAAUCCCUCUCCAGAGAAGUCCAUCAAUCUGUUUCACUGCCUAAAUGAGCUGAAUGACCAGUCCCUGGUGCAGGAGGUCCAAACGUACCUGAGCAGUAGAGGCACCCAUCGCCUUUCUGGAGUCAAACUCUCUCCAGCCCAGUGGUCAGCUCUCGUGUUUGUGCUGCUGAACUCUGCAGAGGACCUGGAUAAGUUUGAGCUGAGGCAAUAUGACCUGUCGGAGGAGUGUCUUUUGAGGCUGCAGCCGGUGGUCAAAGCUUCCAGAAAAGUAGAUCUGAGGGGCUGUAAUCUCACAGAUCUCAUCUGUUCAGUCCUGGCCUCUGCUCUCAGCUCGAUCUCCUCCAGUUUAAGAGAACUGGACCUCAGUGACAACAACCUCCAGGUGUCAGGAGUACAGCUUCUCUCUGUAGGACUGAGAAGUCCUCACUGUAAACUUGAGACACUGAAGUUGUGUAACUGCAGUAUUAGAAAGGAGGGCUGUGCUGCUCUGGUUUCUGCUCUUAUAUCAAACCCGUCACAUCUGAGAGAACUGAGUCUGAACUCCAAUAAACUAGGAAAUUCAGCAGUGAAGCUUAUGUCUAAACUACUGGAAGAUCCACACUGUAAACUAGAGAAACUACAGCUGUAUGACUGCAGUAUUGGAGAGGAAGGUUGUGUUGCUCUUGCUUUAUCACUGAUAUCAAACCCGUCUCAUCUGAGAGAGCUCAAUUUGAACAAUAAUGAGCCAGGAGAUUCAGGAGUGAAGCUUCUCUCUGAUCUACUGAAGGACCCACACUGCAAACUAGAGAAACUACAGCUUGAUGACAACAGAGUUGGAGAGGAAUGCUUUGCAGUUCUGGUUUCAUCUUUUAUAUCAAACCCAUCACAUUUAAGAGAACUCAGUGUGAGCCGGAACAAACCUGGUGACUCAGGAGUGAGGCUUUUGUCUGACCUUCUGAAAGAUUCAAACUGUAAACUGGAGAAACUACAGUUGGAGUGCUGCAGUAUUGGACAGGAAGGUUGUGCUGCUCUGGCUUUAGCUCUGACAUCAAAUCCUUCUCAUCUGAGAGAACUCAAUCUGAACUACAACGAACCAGGAGGCCUAGGAGUGAAGCAUCUGUCUGAUCUACUGAGGGAUUCACGCUGUAAACUGGAUAAACUAAAACUGGAAUGCAGUGGUAUUGGUGAGGAAAAUUGUGCUGCUUUGGUUUCAUCUCUUAUAUCAAACCCAUCUCAUCUGAGAGAGUUAAAUCUGAGCUGGAACAAACCAGGAGAUCAAGGAGUGCAGCCUUUGUCUGAUCUACUGAAGAACCAAGACUGCAAACUGGAGAAACUAAAGCUGUAUGACUGCAGUAUUGGAGAGGAAGGUUGUGCUGCUCUUGCUUUGGCGCUGAUAUCAAACCCAUCUCAUCUGAGAGAACUCAAUCUGAACAAUAAUGAUCUGGGAGAUUCAGGAGUGAAGCUACUAUCUGAUCUAAUGAAGGAUCCACACUGCAAACUAGAGAAACUACAGCUGGAAUACUGCAGCAUUGCUAAGAAAGGUUUUGCUGCUCUGGUAUCGGGUCUGAAAUCGAACCCGUCACACCUGAGGGAACUCAAUCUGAGCAGGAACGAAACGGGAGACUCUGGAGUGAAGAGUCUGUCUGACCUCCUGAAGCAUCCACAGUGUGAACUUGAGAAACUAGAGCUUGAUGACUGCAGUAUUGGUGAGGAAGGUUUCGCUGCUCUGGUCUCAGGUCUGAUAUCAAACCCGUCACACAUUAGAGAACUCAAUCUGAACUCCAGUAAACCAGUUUACUCAGGAGUGAAUCUACUCUGUGAUCUACUGAGAGAUCAGCGCUGCAAACUGAAGAAACUACAGCUGGAGUGCUGCGGUCUUGGAGAAGAAGGUUGUGCUGCUCUGGCUUUAGCCCUAAAAUCAAAUCCCUCUCAUCUGAGAGAACUCAAUCUGAACUACAAUGAACCAGGAGAUGCGGGAGUGAAGCUUCUGUCUAUUCUUCUGAUGAAUCCCCACUGUAAACUGGAGAAACUAGAGUUGUCCCACUGCAGUAUUACAGAGAGCAGCUGUGCUGUUCUAAGAUCAGCUCUGAGUUCAAAUCCUUCACACUUGAGGGAACUCAAUCUGAACUACAACCAGAACACUCAACAGUGACGCUGUUUUCCGAUCCACUGAAAAGUCAAACUAAAUAUAGCUAUAAACUAUAUCUACAUUUCUCAGUUUGUGUAGAACCAUAUGAGGUUCAGAUUAUAAUUUUUAUUCACAAUAAUUUAGCACUGAUCUCGUACAAAUAUGUAGCUUUUCUCAUAAUUAGAGUUAAUACAUUUUUCUUUUUGUACCCCAAAAAAUGGAAGUGAAAUGUAACAAUAUGCCACAUUGGUGGGGUACAUUGUAACAUCUGAGGGGCACAUUGUAACAUGAACAUAUAAAAAGCAAUAAAGAGCUAUCUAAACUGAUAAAUAACAGAUUGGAGAUUAAAAUAAUAGCAGAUUUGUCUCAUUUUAAAUGAAUACUAAAACUGAGAUGAAAAAUGUACUUAUGCCAGAAGUCUACUCUUGCUAUGGUAAAUCUUGGAAAUAUUUUUUAAUUUUAUCAGCUGACUGCAUGUAUAAGAACAUGAGAUCUUAAACCAUAAUAAAGACUGCGGAAGGACUUGCAAAGGCACACUUCUGUUAACGUUAACAUUUACCUAGGCAAGUCAAGAUCUGCCAGACUGUGUGCUAUAAAUACUUACAUUAUUUAUUUAUUUAUUUUCUGGAAUUUUUUUAUUAUUAUGUGUGCUUAUGUGUGCACAGUAUCGUGAAUUAUAUGGGCUCAGUUUAUCAUUUGUUUAUCAGAUGUCAUUUUGGAGUAUUUUUGCUUGUAUUUUUUUUUUUUUUUUUUAGUACUGUGCAUUCCACAAGACAAAAUAUUAACUGAACUGACACAUUCUGAACUACUUUUGGUUGUUCUGCUAGUGUGUAUCAUCUUGUAUUAUAGUGGUUAUUAUUAUUAUUUGUUUAUUAAUGUAAUAUUUUGUGAUUGUUUUCAUCUGUGAUAGUUGUUCAGAAGUCUCUGUUUGUUCUGAACAGUUGUCCACUGUUCUUCAGAAAAAUCCUCCAGUUCCUGAACAUUUUGGUUUUCCAGCAUCUUCUGCAUAUUUGAUUCCUUUCCAGAAGUGACUGUAUGACUUUGAGAUAAUCUUUUCACACCGAGGACAGUCGAAAGACUCAAACACAACUAUUACAAAAGAUGCAAACAUUUCCCUAAGAGGGAAACACUAUGCAUUACAAAUCAAGAGGAUGUAAACUUUUGUUGCUGAAGAUUAGUGCAAAUUAUUAUUUUGUCUUGUGGCAAAUAUGUGGUUUCAGAAAAGCGGUACCAAAUAAAAUAUAUUUUAUAUUCAUAUGAAUAUAAAUAAGAGACACA